AUGCCUCCCAAAGCUGCCGACAAGAAGCCCGCCGCCAAGGCCCCCUCAACUGCCAGCAAGGCUCCCGAGAAGAAGGAUGCCGGCAAGAAGACGGCCGCUUCUGGCGACAAGAAGAAGCGAUCAAAGACUCGCAAGGAGACUUACAGCUCCUACAUCUACAAGGUCCUCAAGCAGGUCCACCCCGACACUGGUAUCUCCAACCGUGCCAUGUCCAUCCUGAACUCGUUCGUCAACGAUAUCUUCGAGCGUGUUGCUUCCGAGGCUUCCAAGCUGGCUGCCUACAACAAGAAGUCCACAAUCUCUUCCCGAGAGAUCCAGACAUCCGUCCGACUGAUCCUGCCGGGUGAACUGGCCAAGCACGCCGUCUCUGAGGGCACCAAGGCCGUUACCAAGUACUCUUCAUCGACGAAAUAA